AUGGGUAAUUAUUUAACAUCAAGGGAUUUAGUAAAUUUUUUAAAUUCUCAGCAACUAGAUUCUCUCUUUUCUAGAAUUUUAAGUCUUGUAUUUUUUUCAAAAUUAGACAAAUAUGUUUCUGAUGAAGUCAAAAUCAAGAGUAGCCUCUUGGUUUCAAAAAUCAUUAUCAAGAGAUGGUUCGACCCAGCUGUUUCCGAGGAAGAAGAUAAAAUCAAAGUAAUUGAAAAUAUCAUCUCCACUACGUAUAUUGCCAUUUCAAUUUUUGUCCAUUUUGGUAAUGCAAUUAAAGAUAAUCAAGAAAAUAGCAAAAUAAAACAAUUUCAAGGUAUUAUGGACAAGAAUUUUAAAAGUUCUUUAGACCUUUUUAUAAAAUUAAGACCACAUGAAUCAGUAGCAGGUCACAGUCAAUUGCUUUCCAAUACAUACUGGGUUAUUUGGUCCUUAUAUGACUCCAUCAGUACCGAUUUCAGUUCAAAUUAA